UGUGGUUACACUUUUCACUUCUUUAAUUACCACCGUAAACAAUUACACCCCUUAGUAUCGUAUCAUCAUAGACGGGUACAAUACCAACUAGGACGUGUUGGAGUCUUAAUGAGAACAGAACAUCUGAAUAUCUGACUGUUAUUAUUCAACUAAAAGUAAAACAAAAACAAAAGGAUGAACAUUGCGGAAAACGCCGAAGAGGAGCCAAGAAUUCGACUCUGUGACAGGGCGACCAUCUACGCUAAAGCCUGCAGUGCUGUCCUUGUGGUUGCCAUGGUGAUGCAGAUAACAGCUCAGGCGUCAUCCUACUGGGCGGCGGGGUAUGCGAAUGGGGCGAUGAUCUGGCACGAGGGACUCUGGCACAACUGCUUCCUGAGGCGGGACCGCUGGUUGUGUGGUGCCUAUGUGGCGAACCACCACGCUGACCGGAUACCAGGUUGGGUUAAGGCUUGUCAAGCACUAUCUGUGAUUGGUCUGUUGAUGGCAUUCCCCGCAUUCUACAUAGUACAGCUGUAUGCCAUGGUGCCUAGACUUGGUAACAAGAGAAUCGCCUACAUCGUGUCUACUGGACUAUCUCUAUUUGCAGGUCUGUUCACCCUGCUCGGUCCGAUCAUCUUUGCCGCCAGCUACCCGACUCUUCCUUCCUUCACGAACCAAAACGUACGCUACCACUGGUCGUUUGGUUUGGAGAUCAUUGCUGCGCUCUCCUGCUUUGUGUCAGUUGGUCUGCAAAUCACAGAAAUGUACAAAAGCAUGUUGUUAUUCCACUGACACGAUCGCGAUGCUGUCAGCUACUUACAGAGAGUGCUUUGAUUCAUAAGGUGUUGAAGAUGAUAAAAUAAGAUAAUAAGGUGAUAAAAAAGAUGAUAAAAUAAGAUGAUAAAACAAAAUCAUCCAAUUUGAGCAUCUCUGUGCACCAGUUGCUUAAAAUUCUGAAGACUAAGCCUCUUUACUGAUGCCAUUGUAUAAAUAUAACAUAUAUAAUACCACAGCUGUUUGUUUUGUAUGAGCUACAAUUCGGAAAACUAAGUUGAAAUGACUCAAAUAGAUCCUUUUCUUUUAGAUGAACCGUUCGAAAUUAUGCGCCAAAUUACCUCUUGAAAACUGCGCAACUUUUUAUAUUUUGAACUUAAUCCUUCGGGACAUUCAAAAUCCAGUAGCACCACAAGGGCCUCUAUCCUCUACCGACCCUGGUCGGGCUGCUGGUGCUCUCUUGCACCUACCAGCGCGGGCAGUCUUCCACCCACCCCAAACCCUUUCCUGUCCUGGAUGGAGGAGCCGGCAUGGGCCAACACCUGCGUCCAUAACAGGCGUGCUCUACAACAGCUUGCUCCGAAUGUGCACGUUAAGUCCUAUGACCUAACCUGUUUGUUUUGUUUA